AUGAAGCCACAUGAAGUCACAGAAGAUCAAAUCAAGUUAAGGGCAUUUCCCUUUGCUUUACAAGAUUCAGCCAAGGAGUGGUUGUAUGACUUACCAUCGGGGUCAGUCACAACAUGGAAUGAACUUGCAAGGAUGUUUCUGGAUAAAUAUUUUCCCGAAAUGAGAGCUUCAACUUUACGUAGAGAGAUAAUUGGCAUCAACCAACAAAAGAGAGAAGCCUUGCAUACUUAUUGGGAAAGGUUCAAGAAAUUGUGCUCAAGAUGUCCACAACAUGGGAUUACAGAAUAUCAGUUGUUGCAGUAUUUUUGUGAAGGAAUGUCAUCUUGGGAUAGGAGAUUACUCAAUGCAUCAAGUGGUGGAUCUAUAGCUGAUAAGACUCCAAUAGAAAUCAGAGUUCUUAUAAAAAACAUGGCAGAAGAGUCCAAGCAUACAGUCCAAGAAGAAGAGUGGUACAGUGAUGCACCAAGGGGGGUGAAAGAAAUUUCUACUCCAAAAAUUGAAAGUCAACUUUCUGAGUUGACUAAGGUAGUAAUGAUGCUUGCAAAAGACAAGGGCGUGCAACCACCAACAGUUAGACCUUGUGACAUUUGUACACAAGUUGGACAUCCCACUGACAUGUGCCCCAUGUUACAAGAAGAUGUAGAGCCAGUUCAAGCUAUGGGAUUUUCAAGUCAACAACAAGGAAACUUCCAGCCAAGAAGCAAUCCAAAUUGGCAUCAACCUAAUACCAAUUUUCAGCCUAGACCACCACCUUAUCAACCAAGACCCCCAUUUCAAAAUCAAAUGCAUCACCAACAAAGUUAUCAAUCACAUUUCCAGCCAACUCAACCUCCUCAUCAAUCUCAAUAUCAACCUCAAAACAUGCAUCAAGGAAGUAGUUCAAGCGGAUCGGGAAUGUCUUUGGAAGACAUUGUUAAGAGUUUAGCCACAAGUACUCAAACCUUUCAAAAUGAGACCAAAGCGAGCAUCAAGACUUUGGAGCAACAAAUGACUCAACUCGCCACUUCUGUGAGUAAAUUGGAGUCACAAGGAAAACUACCCGUGCAAACCAAGAAGAAUCCAAAACAUAGUGCAUGUGUCAUCACUUUGAGGAAUGGCAAAGAAUAUGAAGGUCCAAAGAUGGUUGAAGAAGAAGAAAAGAUGGAGCUAGAGAAAGAAGAAGAGAAGUCAAAAACACCUUCCAAGCAAGUUCCUAUUGAAGCAAAAGUCACUCCUCCUCCAUUUCCUUCAAGAUUAAACAAGUCAAAGCGUGAAAGUGAAGACAAUGAAAUCAUGGAGAUGUUCAGGAAGGUAGAGGUAAAUAUUCCUCUUAUUGAUGCCAUCAAACAAGUCCCUAGGUAUGCAAAAUUCCUUAAGGAAUUAUGUACAUCUAAGAAAAAACUGAAAGGGAAUGAAACUGUCAAAGUAGGAGAAAAUGUGUCUGCAGUGUUACAAAAAGAUUACCUCAAAAAUGUAAGGAUCCGGGUGUUUUCACGGUUCCUUGCAAAUUAG